AUGCCUCGCGUCCGGGCCUACCUCAGAUCGACACACUAUCCACCAGAAGACUUCAAUUUGGAGGCCGAAACUGAGGCUUUCCAGGCGACAGUCACGGCGAUGGCGGCCACAAUGCCCAAACUGGUGGAAACACUCGACAAUCUCCAAGGAGAACUCACAAAGGAAGUUUGUAACAGCUUCAAGUUGUCCGAGCCUCACGUCUUCUUCAAAAACAAGUACCACACCUUCCUGGAAGACAUGAUGCUCGACAUCUUCCACGACAAGCCUCCUCAACUGUCUGCAUUCAACUUGUUCCUUUGGACACUGCAGUACGAAGCAAAACAAACCGCAGGCCUUCUUUCAGGGAGCGAUGACCAUGGCCCACUGCCGCCUAGCUGGAGAAGUUGGGUCGUGGUGAUGCUUUCCAACACCCUUGUCUUUCAACAUCAUAAGCUCACCACGGAAAAAGAGAAUGUCAAGCAAUGGAUCGUGGAUAUCUUCACCUCCGUCGACGAUGCCCGUAUAGCGAAUGAAGUCCCAGGGACGCUCUUGCAUCAGACAUGGAAGAAUGUGUAUGACCGGGUGCAAGAUUUCAACCGCAUCCUCACGUUCAUGUCGAUUGGACACUCCAACUUGAUGGCUGAGAUCGACCGGCAGGAGGGUGGAGAGCUCGAGAAAACUGGACCACGGAAACCUAUCCACGCGGUGUUGGGUGAAGAGAUCACAAAGGCAGAUCCUAAGAUCAUGAUCCCCGAUCUUGCUAUUCCCGAGGAUCUCGGAGCACCGCCUGUCGACAAUGAGAACGAGGAGUCAGGCUUGCGUGGUGGUUCAUAA